GCCUUCUUUGAAUCUCCUCCCCGCUGUCACAGUGGCACUUCCUGAGCUAAGUGGCAGGCAUGGAGCGGGAGUCCGGGGUGUGGGCGCUGCUCCAGCGUGCGCCAAUCGAUUGGACAGAACCAUUUGUGAUUGGACUUUUGGUGUUCCACGUUGUCUGCUUCAUAGUCACAAUAAUCUCCUUCAGAUUCUACAAAUUCCAGAUCGCACACUUUCUGCUCAUGGUUGCCUUGGUGAGCAGCUCUGAAUAUAUCAAUGUAUAUGCGGCUCUGAACUGGAAAAGCUAUUCAAAGCAGCAAUACUUCGAUUCUUCUGGGAUGUUCAUUUCAUUGUUUUUUUCUGCUCCGUUAUUGUUCAAUACGAUAAUAAUUGUGGUCCAUUGGGUUUAUAAAACCUUGACUGUGAUGACGGAACUGAAAACUUUGCAGAGGAAGAGAAAAAGUGCGAAAGAAAAAAUGAAGGAAAACUGA